GUUCGCGAAUAAAUGAAGAAAAAAGGAAGUGUUUUUCUGUGCAGCUUGUGUUGACCCAUUAAUGCCGACUGCCGAGCGAUUUCAUUUGGAAACAGCGGUGAAAAAUGGAUUCGUAGGAUAGGCGUAGCCUACUCAUCUUGUACAUGUUUUGGCAAAGUUUGGUUCUGCCAAUCUGCUGCACUGACUACUCUCUUUUCAGUUAACAUUCAAAGAUUAGCCUGAUUAGGCAGGUACUAGAACCAGGUCAUGGAAAAGUUAUGGAUUUUUUUUUUUUUUCAAAAUACCAGUAGGCUAGGUAUGCACCCUGGUAUAAGAUUAAAGUAAUAGAUCAAUGAAAUGAAAGAAACAGUGGAUGAUACCUAGAGGAGAGGGAGAAUAAUUUCAAUAUAAAGAGGUUGUUUUGUUGGUUAUUGCAUGGUCGUCGGUCGAAGCCUUGGAGGUCCCACUUAUUGCAAGGCAGUUUUGGACAUUUGUCAGUGUCACACAAAUAUUGUUAGUUCCCAAAACACUAGAUACUACUUAGUUUCUUUUUAUAUGUUAUUUUAUUAUUACCAUUAUUUUUUUAUUCCUUGUUUCUUUACACCCUUUGCCUUCUGGGCUCUGGCCUCUGCUCUCUGCAGCAUCCUCCUCUCCCUCGUUCUCCAUGCACCAUACAAAUAACGCUUACCACUAUCCGUGAUCCGUCAUGGCAGUGGUUGCCCCUGGUGACUAGCAGCCAGCUGCCAGGCCCACUAUCAUUGCCGUCCAUUCAUCUCCUGUUCUCUCAUAUAUCACGCCAUCACUCUCACCCCCUCUCAUCAGCCAGUAUCACACUAUCACUGUAAUCAUUUCCAGUCUUUCACUCAUAUGCUUUACACUCCAUGAUUCCAUCAUCAGGUGUUCCACCAUUUCUCUCUUACCUGUGUUGCACAUGAAACAGAAUCUUCUCUUCUUUCAUUCCACCUGUAUGUUUGUGCAUUCACACUUGGCAUUUGCUCUUAGCCUCUUACACAAAACAUUUGGUCCCCACCCCUGCUACCAUCAUAAAUGCAUUCAUUCAUACUUUGGCAUUUCUUUCAUCCUGUAUAGCUGUAGGCUAUCCUUUCUUUCCAUUCCUUGCUUCCAUAGGUACUCAUAAACCACAUAUUCUCACUCUCUUUUUGAUCUCUUUCUUCCAUUCUUUGACAUCCCACAUUUGAUUGUAGGAGUUCCUAUAUUAAUGAUUUUGCAUCUAGGGGAAAAUAUUGAGGGAAUUUCUUUAAACACUAUACAUAUUCUAGCUUGAGAACUUUUUGGAGAUGCAAUUGCAGUAUCCAGUUAUCUUUAAUUUUAGUACAAAAAUAGCAACAAAUUAGUACAGGGGGCAAUUGCAUACAUUCUUAUUGGUCCUUGCUCAUGUGCUCCUGGUGGCCUUGUUCAUACAUUUCUUAAGUUGUUCAUUCAUAUCAUUCACAUCAUUUGUCACUUUCCAUUUUGUAUCAGUAAGCUUCGCACUAAAAUUAUCCCAGUCCACCCCAUUUACUUGACAUUUACAUUUUUUUCAGGCUCUCUCACAUGUGUAUCAUGCAUUUUCAAUUCGGUAACAAGCAUGUUAUGAUCACUUCUGAUAUCAAACACACCAGCUUCAUCCACCCACAUGUACAUCACUUUUCUUCUUGCAUUCUCAUUCACUAAUAGAUGGUCAAUUGCUGAGCAGUUUUCAUUAUUGUUCCAAGUCACUUUUCCCUCAGCCAUUGUAACAUUCAGGUUUUCCAGUUCAUUUCCAAACACAAACUCAUUCAGAAGCUUUCUAUUUUUGUUCACAGGCUCUCUUAGUAUACCCACAUCCAUUUAUGUCCCCCGUAAUUACUAUCAUCUCAUUCUCAUGGCUAUAUUCAUCAAGCACUUUCUUCCUGCAAACAUACUUUUCUCUGUUCUCAUGCUCAGACCAUACUCCCUCUACAGUCAUAUAACAAACAAUCAUCACAAUUUGCAUACUUUCAUUCAUUGUUGUUGCAUACUCAAUCUUCAUAGCAAAAAUGUCCUCAUUCAUUUCAUUCUCACUAACAUUUAUUUCUUCUAUCUCAAAACCUGCCUCAUGAUGGAUAAUAAUGCCAACUCCCCCACCUUUAGUUUGUUUUUUAUUUAUUCCCUUGUACACUAACUCAUAUUUUCCACUUCUCAAGUAUCUACCACCUCUCAGGUAAUUGGUAAGCAUCCAGCACCUGUCAGGUAAGUGGUAAGCAUCCACCACCUCUCGGGUAAUUGGUAAGCAUCCACCACCUCUCAGGUUGACUUGUAUUAUUGCUACAGUAGCCAUAACACAUGAUAUGAUUGGUUGACACAGCAUUGUGUAAUUCUGCAGUUGACUUCACUUUGGACAUUAGUCAUGUAACAGUGGCAACACUUUACAGUGUUACAGUGUCUACAAGUUUUUGGAAUGAAAAGUGAAGACGCUUUUGUUAUGCCUGAGGAUGUUAGACCUGUUGAGGAGCCUGCACUGGCUGUGGAUCAUGAAGCGGAGGCUGCUGAGGCUGAGCGCCAGGUCUGCCAUGACAAGCCUCAGAACCCAUGGCCCCACCUGGAGGACUUCUUUGUCUUUAAGUCAGUGGAUGAGAGGAACGCCAACCUCAUGUUUUUCCAGUGUGUCUUGUGCCAGCCCAAGGAGACAACCAUCAAGGGACAUGCAUCAAGCCUCUACAACUUGAAAUCACAUGUCAAGAGGAACCACCCAGCCCAUGCCAUCCAGUUUGAAGAGAGGAUCAAGGCCGGUUCGUCCCGUGGGAAACACAGGCAAUCUUCUUGUAGCAGUAGCAGGAGCAGCAGCCUGUCGUCGCAGCCACCUGCAAAGAAAAAAUGCCAGCUGGCCCAGCCCAGCAUUGGGGAGGCUUUUGAUCGAUCAGCUGCUGGCAGUGGCGUCCGUGAACUGAUACGUCUGAGCAGAGAUGAUGGUACAUGUGCCUCUGGUUCUGGCAGCGCUAGCCAGUCGGCCAUGUGGGAGUGCCACAACCCAACCAUUGACAUGGAGUGCUCCAAUAACGGAGAUAUGGAAACAGAAAACAUGGACACAGGUUACUACCUUCCGGCAGAAGCAAUCUUGAAGGAACCGAAAGUUGAAACAAACUGUCAGUACGGUAGCGUUUUGCAGGACGUUCUAAGCUUUGUUAAGUCCUUGCAACACAGUAAUGAUGUUCGGGAUGAGUUUUCUAUUUUUGGGGAGCACAUCGCUGCUCGCCUGAGAAAAAUUCGUGAUUCACGUAUACGGCUACUAGCCCAACAUCGCAUUCAUUGUGCACUGUUCGACGUAGAAAUUGAUGAAUUAAACAACUAUAACCUAUCAAAUAAACAAUUAAAUUCUCAAAAUGCCUGCAAUACUCAGGUUGAACAUUCGGAACCCAUUGCUGGAGAAAAUUUUGCGACAUCACAAAAAGAAGAAGUUUUAGCAAUGACUGAUAGCUCAUUGAGUGCCACACCGUCCCAACCUCCGAAUAGAGAGCCUGAACUUGAGGUUGAAAAGGAAGCUUCCUCAAUUAGUCCUGAAAAUACCUCAAACGAAGAUCAUGUAACCAAUGAAAGUAGCGAUGAAAAAUGAAUUAUCCCGUUUCCUAUCGCUCCAGCCCUGCCUUCCUAAUUUAUCAAAUGAUCAUUGACACUUGCCGUUUCGGUGAACCCAGGAAAUAUUUCUCUAGAAAACCCUGACUAUCUGAAGGUCGCUAAAGUGUACCAAUUUUUCCAAUAUCAACUAGAAAUCGGAGGUUCACUUUUUUUUUGCUGCCUCCUUGUUUACUUCCUCACAAAGCAUAAUUUUCUAGCUUAAUGCCCUGAGGCAGGGAAUUUGGUAUUGCAAUCAAUCAAAUCGUCAUUCUUCCGGUAUUAUGUCAGUCGGUAAUCAUGUACGAUUCCUGUACUUUUACAUAAUUUAUUACUCAUGCUAUAGGUUCCGUAUUGUUAUUUUUAUAUCUAUUGCUGCCAAAUAUUAUGUAAUUAAUAUACUUUUAUUUACGUUAAUUAUCCAAUGGGAGCUGACAGCGAACUAAAUCGAGUUCCAUUCCAUGAGCUUCGAUGACAAAGGCUAACGUGCAAAUGAAAUGUCGAAUGAA